AUGGACCGCACAUUGCGGGCGCGUGGACGAGGACGGCGCCAAAACACGCACGAGCACGAGGACGUGGGCGAGCAUGAUGAGUGGACGACGGGUCCGGAGCACCGCUCCGCCUUGUCCUCUCUCGCCCUUGGAGGAGAGGAGGAGGUCGAUCCGGCAAAGGACUUUGGCCGUGGGAUUAAAUGGGACGGCAUCGGCAUGGGUUGGGAGGUUGGUUGGUAG